CGCCCGAGCCCGCCUUUUCAGAUGGCGUCACGGUACCGGCGUGCAUUGCAUCUCGGUGGUCUGCGGAGUUUCAUUGUCCUCAUUGCAGACCUGGGGGGCACUGCGAGGGCGGAGCUGUAUUCUCCGCAGCAUUGACCUAGUGGGCAAAGCCUCACUUUGGGACAACUCUGGGCGGCGUCCACAGCUUUAAUCAUUUAAAAUACACUCAAGCAUCUCCUAAUGAUGUGAAUUCUUUCUGAGAAAUUUUCCUUGGUGAUUUCAUCCUUGUCCGAACACCGUAGAGUGUCCUUUUAAAUCCUAGCUGGUGUAGCCCACUCCACACAUAAGUUAUAUGGUGUAACCUAUUGCUCCCAUGCUACAAACCUGUAUGGCACGUCUCUGUACUGAGUGCUGUAGUCAACUGUCACACCAUGGUGACUGUGGAUUGUGAUCCCAAAAUAUCUGAGUCAGGUCUCAGCCAAUUUAGAACGCUUCUUUUGCCAAGGUUAAGGACAUGCCCGUGACACAGCCUCAGGAGAUCCUGACCACAUGGGCCCGAGGUGGUCAGGGUAAAGCUUGCUUUUAUGCAUUUUAGAGAGACAGGAGACAACAAUCUAUAUGUGUAAGAUGUACAGUUGUUUGGUUCAGUAAGGUGGAGCAACCGGAAGUAGGAAAUGGGGAUGCUUCUGGGUCAGAAGUAGAUAAAACAAAAGGUCGCAUCCUUUUGAAUCCUUGAUCAGCCUUCCGCUGAAUACAAUUUAGUCUGAUUCAGUGAAUCUGCAUUUUUACACAUACAGUAGGGCAGAGGAAUGGUGUGAUCUUGGCCCACCACAACCUCUGCCUCCCAGGUUCAAGCGAUUGUCUUUCCUCCCGAGCAGCUGGGAUUACAGGCAUGCACCAGCAUGCCUGGGUAACUUUUGUAUUUUUAGUAGAGAUGGACAUACACCAUGCCCAGCCUACUAUCGGUAUAGUUGCUGUGGUUGAGUAUCUGUUCAGAUAUUUACCCAGUUUUAAAAUCACAUAUGGCAGAGUGAGUGUUUACACUGGCGGCUGUGCGGCCGGGUUCCUUCCACGGCAUGGGGAGAAAGAGAGAGCGCGAAAGAGGAUGUCUCUCUCAGACUGGCACCUGGUGGUGAAGCUGGCUGCCCAGCCACUUGCUCCAAAGUCUAUCCUUCGAUUGCCAGAGACAGAACUGGGAGAAUACUCGAUAGGGGGCUAUAGUGUUUCAUUUCUGAAGCAGCUUAUUGCUGGCAAGCUCCAGGAGUCUGUUCCAGACCCUGAACCGAUUGAUCUGAUCUACUGUGGUCGGAAGCUAAAAGAUGACCAGACACUUGACUUCUAUGGCAUUCAACCCGGGUCCACUGUCCACGUUCUGCGAAAGUCCUGGCCCGAACCUGAUCAAAAACCGGAACCUGUGGACAAAGUGGCUGCCAUGAGAGAGUUCCGGGUACCGCACACUGCCCUGCGCAGCAGCUCCUCUUACAGGGAGGCGGUCCUUAACAUGCUCAGCAAUAAGGAAUCUCUGAAUCAGAUCAUUGUGGCCACCCCAGGCCUCAGCAGUGAGCCCAUUGCUCUUGGGAUUCUCCAAGACAAGGACCUCUUCUCUGUCUACGCUGAUCCCAAUAUGCUUGAUACGUUGGUGCCUGCUCACCCAGCCCUCGUCAAUGCCAUUGUCCUGGUUCUGCACUCAGUAGCAGGCAGUGCCCCAAUGCCAGGAACUGACUCCUCUUCCCGGAGCAUGUCCUCCGGCUCAUAUAGGGAUAUGCCAGGUGGCUUCCUGUUUGAAGGGCUCUCAGAUGAUGAGGACGACUUUCACCCAAGCACCAGGUCCACACCCUCCAGCAGCACCCCCAGCUCCCGCCCAGCCUCCCUGGGGUACAGCAGAGCUGCUGGGCCCCGGCCCAUCACCCAGAGUGAGCUGGCAACUGCCCUGGCCCUGGCCAGCACUCCGGAGAGCAGUUCUCACACACCGACUCCUGGCACCCAGGGCCAUUCCUCAGGGACCUCUCCAGUGUCCUCUGGUGUCCAGUCAGGGACACCCAUCACUAAUGAUCUCUUCAGCCAAGCCCUACAGCAUGCCUUGCAGGCCUCUGGGCAGCCCAGCCUCCAGAGCCAGUGGCAGCCCCAGCUGUAGCAGGUACGCAACAUGGGCAUCCAGGACGAUGAGCUGAGCCUGCGGGCCCUGCAGGCCACCGGCGGGGACAUCCAAGCGGCCCUGGAGCUCAUCUUUGCUGGAGGAGCCCCAUGAACUCCCUGCUUCCCCCAAACCCCCAGCAAGUUGUAGAGGCUGCUGCCCACGGGAGGCACUCAUGAAGGUGCCUCCAUCUCUCCUUCCCCAAUAUACCUGAUGGUCAACUAAAAAAAUAAUAAUAAAAAAAAUAAAAUCACAUAU